AUGUCAGGCUUUAAGGUAAACUUUCACAAGAGCUUAUUGGUCGGGAUAACUAUUCCACACCAUUGGCUUGAAGAAGCAACACAAGUGUUAAACUAUAAACUAGGAUCCUCAACAUUCACUUAUCUUAGUCUACCGAUUGGUGCUAACCCAAGAAGAAAUGAUAUGUGGCAACCCGUCAUAGAUACAGUGAGAUCAAGAAUGUUAAGGUGGAAAGUUAGGUUGUUAUGGAUCAAAGGUCGCGUGGUCAUUAUAAAAUCGGUCUUGUCGGCUUUAUCGAUAUAUCUUCUCUCCUUCUUCAAGGUGCCGUUAGGUGUCCUAUCCAAACUUGAAUCUCUUUUUAAGCAGUUCUUAUGGGUCGGGAGGAUGAAUAGCGAAAGAUUAAUUGGGUUAAAUGGGUUCAGGUAUGCAGGCCUAUAA